GCACGAAACGUACAGAGAGGAGGACAUGGGGGCAAUCAACCGUCACGUCAAAGUAUUCAUACGGUACUUGCAGUGAUAUCGUGUAGCCUGGCGGGUAGCGUACCCCCUUACCUGCGUGGUUUCGGCAGACAGCCACCGUUGUAAGAUUUUCACAGCAAUGAGCAAUGGGGUUGUGCGCACUCCACAGAUACAGAAGAGGGCAACUUGCUUCCGCACGAUCCACUCGCUCACUCACUCACUCACUGGUCCAGGAGAGGAUCGUCCGACUGGGACGGAGGGCCUACAUCCAGUCGUCAGGAUCAGAGAUCGAUGUGACGAUGUCACUCUGGAAGCAACCAUCGGCUCAUUCGCGUACGGGGGGGGGGGGGGGGGGGGGCGCUCCCAGGAUACCUACGAGACCUCCCCCGUCCCGCUCCCAACCCCGACUCAACAGAACAUUGUGGCAGGCCCUGCCUGCCCUGUCCUAGAAGGGGGGCGACAUACACAGGUAGUACCUAUGCCAUCAGGGGGGCGGGGGCGGUGGUCGCUCGACAGACCGUCGUACGACGACGAAGAGGACGAGGGUGGGGGGUUGGGCAAACCAAACAACACCUCAUCCAUUGCCGGCCGGCUGGCUUGGGACCCCAACCCUACGCUGCGGUUUGCGAUCCACUGCUCUGGAGACCCGGGACAGGCUGCGAAACCCAAAGGAUUCAGGGAGAAACCCGACAGAGGGGACGUCGACCCGCACGCACUGCACGCACGCACUGCACGCACGGUAUUGGGCCCCACCAGCAGCCCUUGGGUUGGGAGCGCAUGUAUGCCGGAUGCGGUGAGCGUCGCAAGUGCUGCGGUGUUAUAGUCAGGCCGCUUCGUGCCCCAGCGGCAGGAGGAGGAG